UCAAAAACCUCACCUUUCCAUCACUCUGCAGAACCCUACAUUCCGCCAUAUCCACAUCUCCUAACCCCACAAUUACCUCCAUGGAAGUAGAAGUCAAGCUCCGUUUACCAAACGCCGUUACUCACCAACGUGUCUCCUCAAUUCUCUCACCUUACCACCUCAAAACUCACGCCCAAGAGAACAUCUUCUUUGACGGAGCCAACUCCGCACUCUCCUCCAAACUCGCCGUUCUCCGCCUCCGAUUCUAUGAUCUCGACACCCAAUGCAUUAUCUCCCUCAAGGCUAAACCCUUAAUUUCAAACGGUAUCAGUCGCAUUGAGGAAGAUGAAGAACCUAUUGACCCUUCUAUUGGCCGGGCGUGUGUUUCGGAGCCGUGGCGGUUACCGUUGAUCGAUUCUUCAAGGAUAAUACGGAGGGUGAAAGAAGAGUAUGGAAUUGGGGAAAAGGGUUUGGUUUGUUUGGGCGGGUUUAGGAAUGUGAGAGCGGUGUAUGAGUGGAACGGGUUGAAAUUGGAGCUAGAUGAAACGCAUUAUGAUUUUGGAAUGAAUUAUGAGAUUGAAUGUGAGAGUUGUGAUCCUGAAAAAGCUAAGGAUUUGCUGGAGGAGUUUUUGAAGAGUCAUGGCAUUGAAUAUUCCUACUCCAAUGCUUCUAAAUUUGCCAUUUUCCGCUCCGGAAAAUUGCCUAAGUAAGUAAUAGUAGUAGUAAUACUGUUGUUGUAGAACUUGGCGGAAUUCGUUAUUGGUGUAUUAGAGAAAACAUUAUACAUUCCUUUUCAA